CCAACGCGUCGUGUCAGUUUUAAAAAGAUUGCAUAUCAUAGCGGUGUAAGGCGACGCGUUUCUUUCAGUCUUACCGGGAAGAGCCGUUUGAGAAUUUCAUCUUACCUAUUAUUUUUGCUCUAACUUCAGCCGAGAAACCAUCUUUUCUGCGAUGGCAAAGGGGGAAGGUUGUGAACAAUACUCCAACGCUAGUUUACUGACUAAUAAACCGGUCAGCACGGAUGGCAUUAAGCACGCCAGUAAGCAUGAGAAUAGGAACAGAUUGUCAGUCUGCAACAAAUUAUGCUAUGCCUUUGGCGGGGCACCCUACCAGGUCACAGGAUGUGCCCUGGGUUUCUUUCUUCAGAUCUAUCUACUGGAUGUAGCCCAGCUGGAUCCCUUCUAUGCGUCCAUCAUCUUGUUUGGUGGCCGAGCUUGGGACGCUGUGACAGACCCGACAGUGGGGUUCCUGGUCUCUCGAACCCCAUGGACACGUUUUGGACGCAUGUUGCCCUGGGUCUUGUUCUCAACCCCACUGGCUGUGCUUUCCUAUUUCCUCAUAUGGUACGUUCCUCCCUUUGAGAACGGCAAAGUCAUCUGGUAUCUUUUCUUCUACUGCCUCUUCCAGACUCUUCAAACUUGCUUCCAUGUGCCAUACUCUGCACUCACCAUGUUCAUCAGCUCCGAGCAGAAAGAGAGAGACUCUGCCACUGCAUACAGGAUGACAGUGGAGGUUCUGGGUACUGUGCUGGGUACUGCUAUCCAGGGGCAGAUUGUAGGUAUGGCAAAUGCUCCCUGUGUCCCAGGACCUGGUGAUGUCUUGGCAAACCUGAGCAACAGUUCUACUGGAUUCAAUGACUCUGUCAUUUCCCUGGAGCACACGAAAGCUGCCUAUAUGAUUGCCUCGGGUGUCAUCUGCUUGAUCUAUAUCCUCUGUGCUAUCGUUUUAUUGUGUGGUGUGAGAGAGCAAAAAGACUCUUGCCGUCUCAGGUCAGAGCCCAUGUCCUUCUUCCAAGGGAUUAAGCUGGUGAUGGGGCAUGGACCAUACGCCAAACUGGUCAUGGUGUUCCUCUUUACCUCACUAGGUUUCAUGCUCCUGGAGGGAAACUUUGCACUGUUCUGCAGCUACACUCUGGGCUUCAGAAACGACUUCCAGAACAUUCUGCUGGUCAUCAUGCUCUCCGCUACUCUGGCCAUCCCCUUCUGGCAGUGGUUUCUGACUCGCUUUGGGAAAAAGACGGCAGUUUGCGCUGGCAGCUUGUCUGUGGUUCCGUUUUUGAUCUUGGUGGUGUGCCUGAAGAGCAGCCUGAUCGUCAGCUACAUAGUGUCCUUUGCUGCUGGGGUUGGAGUGGCUGCAGCCUUCCUGCUUCCUUGGUCUAUGUUGCCUGAUGUUGUUGACGAUUUCCAAGUGCAAAACCCUCACUCCACCGGCCACGAAGCCCUCUUCUAUUCCUUCUACGUCUUCUUCACCAAAUUUGCCUCUGGAAUCUCCCUGGGAAUCUCUACUCUCAGUUUAGACUUUGCAGGCUACAUUAGUAGAGGCUGCUCUCAACCAGCGGAAGUGGACUUAACCUUGAAGGUGCUGGUUUCAGCUGCCCCGAUAGCUCUUAUCAUGAUCGGCUUGAUCAUACUGUACUUCUAUCCAAUUGACGAGGAGAGGAGACAAGGCAACCGCAAACUGCUUCAAGAACUGAGGGAAAGCGAAGCAGAUUCAGAAACGGAGUCCGCAGAACUGGCCAACAUUGUGUAGCACAUUUCAGCUGACUCAUGGACCAAGUGGGUGAUCGACUGGCAUUUUGCACUGGGUGGACCAACGUACCUGGGCCAGUCGGAUCGUACAGAGACUGCCUUCUGCUGCUGCUGCUGUUCCACAUGAAAAAACUUGACCCAAAAGUUUAGUAGUGACGCACAAUACUGGCUCUCUCCUUUUGUUCAGUCACAUCUCUCAAAAGCCUUACUUUUUGUAAAACAAUCCAACUUUGGAGUACUGUGUAAUUUAUUUAUAAAGAACUCAUCCAUUCAGUUGAAAUUGCACAAAACGGUGAGAUGUGACGGGAGCAUGUUCUGUUGGAAUUACUGGUGCUACUCGCUUGAGCUGUGCUGCUUCCAUGGUGUUGUACAUAAACGCAUGGAACAUUAAAGACCUCGAGCACUGUUCUGAAAAUUACUUUGUAGCGCUUAAUGCCUUAAUUUCUGCUCCAAAUUUGGGGUUAAAGAUCCUGCUGCACAAGUUGUUGACUUGAUCUUUUGAAUAUGUUUAAACACGCUGUAAUUUUUACAGAUUCUCCUGAUGAGUUUACAGAAACCUGUCGACCAGUCUGUUUCUAUCUCGUUCCCACCUCACUGGCUUUUUUUGUUUGGUUUAUUUUGGAAGUGAUAAUGUGAUUUUGGAACUACUGGCCAAAUGGUAACAACUGUAUCUAAAGGCCUUGUUUUAUUUCCCCACCAUAGUACUGAAACCACUACAACAGUGAACAACAUGAACACCAGUUAGUUUGCACACGUAACUGCAAUGUUUAUUCACCAACUGCAUUACUUGCAUUAUCUUAUUUAUAGGAGAGCUACUGAAGACAGAGAAAAGUUUUUUUUUUUCUUGAAAUGCUUUAAUUUCUAUAACACUGAGCAAAAUUCUGUCUACAUCUGGUACUAAUUUAGUGAUACCAUUAUUUAAGUAUUUAUUAGUUAUGAUUUUACUGUCUUUCUGUUUGCCGGAAAGUCAUCUGCCUCUUACAGUAUUUAAAUGUAUUUAAGGCCUGUAAAGUUGUUUCAACGGGGUUAGACAAGGGGUUUCAAAAUGGAGUGGAAUUGAAUUUUAGAACGUUCACACACAUUUUUGAUGCCAUUGCUACGGUCUUUGGACUAUGUGCAUUUAAAAAAAGGGAAGCACAUAAAUGAGUGUGUGGGUCAAGGCUGGGGUGGGGUGGAAGAUUGGGAUGUGAAGUUGUAUUUUUCUUUGUGAGUGUUUUUCAAUUGUAUAUAUUUUGUGAAUAUCUCAAUUUGUGUCGCAAGAAUGAAGAUUGCCAUAUUUCGUAUCUGAUGAUAUGGAAAUGUGUACAUGCAGUGUCAUAUGUUAUACAUACUAUUACAUCUUUGACAUGUUGUUUCUGACAACUGAAUUGCUUGUGUGAAAAAUGUUUAUAGUCUUGAAUUUUGGUCCUCCUUCCUUGGAUCCCUAGUAAAGGAUAUACAUGCCAACACGGUGCCAUGCUCACAAACUAAUCCUAUGAUAUUUGCACAUCAUGUUUUAUUUUGUCAGUGUACUGUCUUUUACGGAUUCCCCUCACAACAAAUGUGUGCGCUUUAAUCCCAUGGGGACACACAGAAGCCUUGUGUACACACCUCCUGUGCAUAUGUAAAUAGUGUAUAUGUCAACCUGUAAAUAUCUUUGGUAUUUGUGGAUGUAAGUGAAAUGAGCCUUCUGUACUGUAGUUAUUUAAGAUUUUAAAAAAAGUUGAGAUGGAAAAAAAUAUUGUUAAUAAAUACUAAUUGUAGUGUACUAUGAA